AUGGAAAUUUUAAAUGAUGAAUCCAAGUUUAUGGAACAAUUAGCUCAACGAGAGCAAUUCUUACAAAAUUUUUAUGAUUCAUUUGCGUCAGCAAAACAUUUAUUGAAUCAAUUAAAACCAGCUAAUAAUAGUAACAGUGAUCAUAAUUCCGAUAAGAAUUCGAGUAUUUCAAGCAAAAAUUGUAAUUCUCCUGCAGUAAAAUUGCCAGACAUAAAACUACCUACAUUUAGUGGGUCUUCAAAUACCUGGCUUGAGUUUCGAGACACGUUUACCGCAUUAAUAAACAACAACCCUGAUAUUGAUGAUAUAAAUAAAUUUCACUAUUUAAGGGCUAAUCUAGAGGGUAGCGCUAGUCAGAUCAUUCAAUCUCUUGAAAUUUCUGCAGGAACGUAUAAGGUUGCAUGGGAUUUGUUAUGUAAACGAUAUGAUAAUAAAAAAGCAUUGAUAUACAAUCAUUUAGAUGCAUUGUUUGGUUUAAAAAAAAUUGUUAAAGUCUCAUCUUUUAAAUUGAGAAAUCUCUCAGAUACAGUCUCCAAACACUUGAGGGCUCUUAACAGUCUUAAACUUCCCACAGAUCAGUGGGAUAUUCUAAUUUUACAUUUAAUGGCCAAAAGUUUGGAGGAUGGAUCUGUUAGUAAAUGGGAGGAAUACAAGUCUAAAAAAGAUUUGCCUUCUCUUGAGGAUAUGUAUGAAUUUUUAAGAAGUAGAUCAGACUUGCUAGAGCGAUUAGAGUUGAACAAACUUGAACAGGGAUCCAAGUCAGGGAAAACCAGGAGCUUACUUUCUGCCGAUUCAGAAAAUAAUUCACAUGAAAACAAAACAUCUUUUCAAGGUUUCAAGUGUGCCAUAUGCAGUGGCGAUCACAGAGUGUUUAUGUGCGACAAAUUCAAGGCAAUGUCUGUGCUAAAUCGCAUGGAACAAGCCAAAAGACUAAAGUUAUGCUUAAACUGUCUUCGAAGUGGCCACAAAACCAACCAAUGCAGAUUGUAUGCUUCAUGUAAAACAUGUAAGGGUAAACACAAUACUCUUUUACACAUAGAAAACAAAAAUCAAGCAAAUCAAAAUAUAAAUCAAGAAAAUGUUUCCCUAACUACAAGUUCGGAACAUUUUCAAAUUCUGUUAUCCACUGUAGUAGUAGAUGUUUUAAACAGUUAUGGUGCUUACGUACCUGUUCGAGCUAUUCUAGAUUCAGGAUCAAUGUCUUCCUUUAUAACUGAGUCUCUUCACUCAAAACUAAAUAUUCCAAAGCAAACAAUAAAUUUCGCUGUUUCUGGUUUGAACAGUGCCGUCUCUAAUGUGAAAUAUAAAUGUUGUUUAAAAUUUAAAUCUCAACAUAAAAGUUUUAUGACGGACUUGUCUUGUUUUAUUUUGCCAGAAAUAACUGGAAACUUGCCUACAUUUUACAUUGAUAAGCAAAAGCUAUUGAUACCUAAAUAUAUCAAUUUGGCUGAUAAAAACUUCCAUAAGCCCGGACCAAUCGAGAUGCUGAUAGGUGCUGAUAUUUUUUGGAAUGUUUUAUGUCCAAACCAAUUGAAGUUAAAUACAAAUGGUCCUGUUUUACAGGAAACUCAGUUUGGGUGGUUGGUUUCAGGUAAAAUACAAGGCUUUCAAAUUUCUAAUAAUAUAGUUUGUAAUUUGGUUAAAAAUGAAGGUGAUUUAUAUAUCCAAGACCAGUUAUCAAAAUUCUUUGAAAUAGAAAGUGUUAAAACUGCCAGUCCUUGGUCCAAAGAGGAAAUGGACUGUGAAACUCAUUUUAAAGACACAACAACAAGAACUCAAGAAGGUCGUUUUGUUGUAUCGAUUCCAUUGAAAGCAAGUCCAAAAAUAUUAGGUGAAUCUUUAGGUCUAGCCAAAAGAAGAUUCAAAUCGCUUGAGCAAAAAUUCUCAAAAGAAUACCAAUUCUCAAGAAUGUACAAGAAUUUUAUCCUCGAAUAUGAAAAGCUCAAUCAUAUGCAAAACAUAGGAGAGGUAUCUGAAGUAAAUCAUGAGGAUGCCUAUUAUUUACCGCACCAUGGAAUUCUACGUAUGCAUAGCGCAACAACAAAAUUAAGGACAGUUUUUGACGCCUCGGCGCGAACUACAAGUGGAGUUUCUUUUAAUGAACUUCAGCUAAAAGGACCGGUAAUUCAAGAUGAUUUAGUGUCAAUAUUAUUACGCUUUAGACAAUAUAAAUAUGUUGUUACCGCGGACAUUGAAAAAAUGUACCGUCAGGUCUUGGUGUCAAAAGAUCAGCAUAAAAUGCAAAGAAUUCUAUGGCGAGAUAACGAAAAUAAAGCACUAAGUGUCUGUGAACUUUCCACGGUAACUUAUGGUACUACAAGUGCACCAUUUUUAGCUAUUAGGUGUUUAGUAGAAUUAGAUAACUCUUUGAAGUUGCUUGUAAAACUAUCCCAAAUAUCUUCGUUCAAUAAGGAGUAUAAUGAUUUAAAAGCUGGGAAUGAAAUUAACAAAAAAAAGUAA